AUAUUUUGUUUAUGUAUAACCUCUCAAGUACAUGUGAAUUUUAUUCAUAUGUUGUUUGAUUUGAAUUGUAAAUAAAUAGAAGAUGCCAACUUUGAGUAUUGACGAAGUAUAUCCCAAAAGCUCUGAAAACCCAGUAAUAGUAAGUUUUCAAAAUGGCUAUCCAACAGACGAAUUCACAACCAAAAAUUGUACGCUAUUCGAAGAUAAAAGUACUAAUUUAAAAUCUUUAACUGUGGACGUAUGCAACUUACUAUACGCAGGAAAUGAGGAGAAAGAGGAUCUGGGCAAAACGCUAAUCCUGGCGCGCAAUAAAACAACAGGAAAGGUGCGAAUAAUAGAAGCUGGAAACAUUGAGGUUAGGCCGGUUUUAAGAGAUAAUUUAGACUCUCAACUAGACACUAGCCGCUUGGAACUGAGUCGGAAGUUUGGCUCCAAGAAACAAAAGAAGAUUAUGGAACAACGAGAGAAACUGAAAGUUAAUACGGAGACUGUAGUUGAACAAAUACAUAAUGUGACGAUUAACCUGGCCGAAGACCAAGUUGAUUUAAGUUCGUACACUAAAGCUGACUCUGAAGACUUUUACAUACCGCCAAUAAACCGCGACGCUAAAGAGGUCAGUGAAAUAUAUGACUUGUACAAAAUUUUGACAAAAGAACAAUACGAGGCAAUUCAUUCGGAAAUAGAGAACAUCGAUAUAACCACAGACAUGGCGGAAAUUGUAAAAAAUAUAGUGUCUAAUAGAUGUUUGAAUAAAGAACAGAAGGUCUUAGCAUUAUAUGCGAGUUCACUAUUCAAACUGAAUUCAACAAUGAUUAAAGACGUGAUUAAAAAGUCAUUUUGCGCGUGCCCCCAUUCAGCUACGUUGAACAAUGUUAUAUUGAGCAACUUUACAACGUUAACUAACUCCAAACGUAACAGAUCCUUGCAGAUGAAAGACAAAUCGUUUUGUCAUGCUGUUGUAUUUCUUCUUCUUAUAAAUGAUUAUAAAAUCAAUGCCGAAGAGUUAGGUAAGUUUGCAAAUUUGGCUAUAAGAACAUUGACGACUAAGAUAAGAGUGAUAGGAGCGUUAAUAGUAACUUCUGGCAAUAAAAAAAUUGUACAACUAAAGUUACCUUUAAGCACAUCAACAUUUGUAAGACGAAAAAGUUCAAAGUUUUAG